CGUGGCCGCCUAGGAGGCGGGGCCUCCGCGGGGGCCCCGGGAAAGCCCGUGGGCCGGCGUGCUGCCCUUCUUUUCGGAUCCGCCAUCUACGGUGGCACCGCCGCCAAGAUGCAGAUUUUCGUGAAGACCCUGACGGGGAAGACCAUCACUCUCGAGGUCGAACCCUCGGAUACAAUAGAAAACGUAAAGGCCAAGAUCCAGGACAAGGAAGGAAUUCCUCCUGACCAGCAAAGACUGAUCUUUGCUGGCAAGCAACUGGAAGAUGGACGUACUUUGUCUGACUACAACAUUCAAAAGGAGUCCACUCUUCAUCUUGUGUUGAGACUUCGUGGUGGUGCUAAGAAAAGGAAGAAGAAGUCUUACACCACUCCCAAGAAGAACAAGCAUAAGAGAAAGAAGGUUAAGCUGGCUGUCCUGAAAUACUAUAAGGUGGAUGAGAAUGGCAAAAUCAGUCGCCUUCGUCGGGAGUGCCCUUCAGAUGAAUGUGGUGCUGGAGUUUUUAUGGCCAGCCACUUUGACAGACAUUAUUGUGGCAAAUGUUGUCUGACCUAUUGUUUCAACAAACCAGAAGACAAGUGAUUGUAUAUUGGUUAAUAAAAGACAUGAACUAAUGAACUAACGUUUAAA